CACGCGUCACUGUGUCGUUAGACAGGACCGUUAUAAAUGGCUCUGCACACACUUCUGAAGCACGCCAAAGGGAUUUACAGAGCUUCAGCAAGAUACAAAGGAGGGAAAAUUCUACAAAGAGAAAACUACCUUUCACUGAAUCAGGAUGUCUAAGCUUGCAGAGAGAACCCUUUUCGUUUUCUAUAUUUCAACACAGAUUUGCUCCCAGAUCUUGGCGCAGGUGUGUCAGACAAGGUGCCUCUGUCCGCAGGAGCCUCCGCUGUGCGCCCCCGGGGUCCAGUUGAUUCUGGAUGACUGCGCAUGCUGUCUGGUCUGUGCGAGGCAGAAAGGAGAGGCGUGCUCGGAAAUAAGUCCCUGUGAUACACACAGGGGUCUGAACUGCGACUACACGGCCGAUGUACACCAGAGGACAGGUGUCUGUGUCGCACAUGAGGGAGACAUCUGCCUGUUGGACGGUUCAGUGUACCAGAACGGAGAGACCUUCUUCCCCAGCUGCAAGUAUCAGUGCACCUGCAGGGACGGUCAGAUCGCCUGCGUGCCCCGCUGCAACCUGGACGUGAUGCUGCCGGGCCCAGACUGCCCUCUACCCAGGAAGGUGGCGGUCCCAGGGGAGUGCUGUGAGAAGUGGGUAUGUGAGCCCCAACCAGAGGCCAGUGCCUUGGGCAGCUUCGCCAUGGCUGCCUACAGACAGGAGGAGACAGUGGGGUUUGACUCGUGGGACCCCAGUACUAACUGCAUAGAGCAGACUACGGAGUGGGGCGCCUGCUCUCGGACCUGUGGCAUGAGCAUCUCCACCCGGGUCACCAACAAGAACCCCCGCUGUGAGAUGGUCAAGCAGACGCGUCUGUGCAUCGUCAGGCCCUGCGACAAACAGCAGCAGGAUGCUCCUAAGAGAGGAAGCAAGUGCCUGAGGAUGAGGAAGGCGGUGAAACCCGUCCGGUUCAGCUAUAAGAACUGCACCAGCGUGCUGACCUACAAGCCCCGGUACUGUGGUGUGUGUACGGACGGGCGUUGCUGCACCCCCCACAGCACCGAGACAGCGCAGGUAGAGUUCCAAUGUGCUCAGGGUAAAGCCAUCAAGAAACCCGUGAUGUUCAUCAACACCUGCGCCUGUCACUACCACUGUCCCAGAGACAACGUCGUGUAUCGACCAUCAGACCUGGUCUACAGCGGUUACAGGUUAUAACGCUGUUACCACAGACACAACGACAGUUUCUCCUGUUCCUCCGUGACAGUAGUAUUGUACUGUACUGUAGUCGGGUGACUCUAUAUGUUCGUAACUCUAAAUGUUCUUGACAACAUCUCCCUGAAGGUGUAUGGUUGGUCUCAGGAGGGAGAAUCUCAAUUGCAUACUUAUCGCGUUCCUCUCUCCUCGCCUCCUUCUCAAAACCCAUUGGAUGAGAAAGCCAGAUGUCCCUCCCCUCUGACAUUCUCCUCCAAUGGGUUUUGAGAAGGAGGCGAGGAGAGAGGGUGCGAGGAGAGAGGGUACGAGGAGAGAGAGAGUGAGGAAAGAGGGCAUUAGGAGAGAGGACACGAGGAGUAUGCAAUUGAGAUUCUCAUAGUCAGCACUUAGCUACCUUUACAGAAUAGAUGAGCAUGCUUUCUGAAUCUGAUAUAACUGGAAACGUUAAAGACAGAGUUUUCCUUUUCUGCAAAUGGCCUCAGUGAUCAUUCACAGCUCCUGGGUCAGUUUUAAACAGCCUCUGACUCAAAGGGCCUCAGUGAUCAUACACAGCUCCUGGGUCAGUUUUAAACAGCCUCUGACUCAAAGGGCCUCAGUGAUCAUACACAGCUCCUGGGUCAGUUUUAAACAGCCUCUGACUCAAAGGGCCUCAGUGAUCAUACACAGCUCCUGGGUCAGUUUUAAACAGCCUCUGACUCAAAUGGCCUCAGUGAUCAUACACAGCUCCUGGGUCAGUUUUAAACAGCCUCUGACUCAAAGGGCCUCAGUGAUCAUACACAGCUCCUGGGUCAGUUUUAAACAGCCUCUGACUCAAGCGGCCUCAGGAGAUCAUACACAGCUCCUGGGUCCGUUUUAGACAUUCUCUGACUGUUCCAGAGGCAUUUCCGAAAUAGCGGUUAGACCACCUAUAAUCUUUUCAAGUGUAAUGUCUGCACGUCCAACAACUCUCCAGCUGCACGUCCAACAACUCUCCAGCUGCACAUCACAAAGAAAAUGUCUGGUGAAAGCAACACCUGCUCACUGUUGUAUUUGUUCUGGUGAAAACCUGUGUUUCUAUCCCCCCCCCCCCCCCUCAUUCCUCUGACCUUUGACCUUGUAGAUGUUUGCAGACUCUUGCCCUCUCCCAGGCUCUCCAGUCAACCCGGUCUUGGCCCACACAACAGUCAUGUCGACAGCCAGGUCAAAAAGGUUGUUCUUCAUAAUGUACUGCCGCUUUCAACAGCCUGUAAGUCUCCGCUCUUGGACCUCUAAGCCCCGCCCCACUAAGCCCCGCCCCACUUACACGUCAGACCUGGGUCAAAUACAUGUGUCAAAACUCUCGAGAUGAUUUAACUUGACCAGUGUGCAGGCUGUGGGUGGAGUUGGCAGUUUAUGAGACUAUUCCAUUGGUUGCAUUGUACAGGGCAAGCUAAGUCAAGUUAAGUCAAGCUAAGUCAAGCUAAGUCAAGCUAAGUCAAGCUAAGUCAAGUUAAGUCAAGCUAAGUCAAGCUAAGUCAAGUUAAGUCAAGCUAAGUCAAGCUAAGUCAAGUUAAGUCAAGCUAAGUCAAGCCAAACCAAGCUAAGUCAAGCUAAGUCAAGCUAAGUCAAGCUAAGUCAAGUUAAGUCAAGCUAAGUCAAGUUAAGUCAAGUGCACCUCCAAAGUCUUUGGCAUAUAUAUAUAUAUAUGUCACCCAGUUCUGAUAUAUACUGUCAUUGACUGCGACGCAAUGUAGAUUUUCCUUAAAAACAGAACGUUAAUUUUCUACUCCUCCUAUGGUCUCUUGUAGAAAGAUACACGUUAUGUGAAUACUUUACUGUAUAGUUGGCGCCAGCGUGUAUUAAAUACACAGUGUCUGUAUGUCUUUGUAAACCAGAAUGUAAAUAUGAAUUCUAUAUAGUGUCUGUAUGUGUUUGUAAACCGAAUGUAAACCGAAUGUAUAUAUGAGUUCUAUAUAGUGUCUGUACGUCUUUGUAAACAGAAUGUAAAUAUGAAUUCUAUAUAGUGUCUGUACGUCUACUCUGGUUGUGUUUCGCUCAGCCUUUUCGGUCGAUAUAAUAAUACUGUACUUACUCAUGAUUUGACAUUAAAUAUGUAUAUUUUCUAUAA